AUGGUGUUAGCAGAACAGGUAGCUUAGUAUCGGUACUGAUUUUCGAGCUUCGCAGUAACGUAACGUUAGCAUCCGUGAUGGCAGGGAGAAAUCACUUCUCCGAGUUCCUUUAAUAUGCUCCCUGUUGGGGGGAUAAGGGUACCACCGGACCAGUCUCAAAAUGACCACCGGCUUCAGCUCCGGUUCCUGCCGGUUCGCAGAUUAUUUUGUGAUCUGCGGACUCGACACCGAAAGCGGGCUGGAACCCGACGAACUGUCCGCUUUAUGCCAGUAUAUAGAGGCUACUAAAUUCAGAGAUGGGGCCAGAGGAAAUUUGGCGGGGGCAAAUGAAGGUGAGAAUUUUGAGCAGAGUCCAUUGCGGAGAACCUUUAAAUCCAAAGUCCUUGCACAUUAUCCAGACAAUGUCGAGUGGAAUCCAUUUGACCAGGAUGCAGUGGGCAUGCUCUGUAUGCCGAAGGGUCUGUCAUUCAGGACGCAGGUCGAUUCCCGAGAGCCUCAGUUCCACUCGUUUAUCAUCACCAGAGAGGAUGGCUCUCGGACCUAUGGCUUUGCCCUCACCUUCUUCGAGGAAGUGACCAGUAAGCAGAUCUGCAGUGCCAUGCAGACUCUUUACCACAUGCACAAUGCAGAGCAGUACGACAUCUUGCACACUCCCACCUCGCCACCGGGACCUGAGGACCAGCGGCACCAAAACUCCCAGCCUCGUCCCAUGCUCCACGCUGCGCCCGCCAUCUCCCGCCUGCAGCGCUUUAACUCAUACGACAUCAGUCGCGACACGCUGUACGUGUCAAAGUGCAUCUGCCUGAUAACGCCCAUGGCCUUCCCUCAGGCCUGCAGGAAGGUGCUGCAGCAGCUUCACCAGGCUGUCUCGUCCCCCCAGCCCCCGCCCCUCCCACUCGAGAGCUUCAUCUACAACAUCCUCUAUGAGGUGCCCCUGCCACCUGCCGGGCGUUCCCUCAAGUUCUCAGGCGUGUACGGGCCUGUGGUGUGCCAGAGGCCGAGCACAUGUGAGCUGCCUCUUUUUGACUUUUCCAUCGGUGAAAUGAUUAAUCUGCUGGGGAUGGAGAACGUUCUUCAGCUGUUCACCUGUGCCCUCCUCGAGAUGCAGAUACUGCUCUACUCACAGCAUUACCAGAGGCUGAUGACAGUGGCAGAGAGCAUCACAGCCUUAAUGUUCCCCUUCCAGUGGCAGCAUGUGUAAGUUCCCAUUUUGCCCGCCUCCCUCCUCCACUUCCUGGAUGCUCCUGUGCCGUAUCUCAUGGGCCUCCACUCCAACGGACAAGACGACCGCACCAAGCUAGAGCUACCACAGGAGGCUAACUUGUGUUUUGUGGACAUCGACAACCACUUCAUCGAACUGCCAGAGGAUCUGCCCCAGUUACCCAACAAACUCGAGUUCAUUCAGGAGAUCUCAGAGGUGCUCAUGUCCUUCGGCGUGUCCCCAGAGGGAAAUAUUCACUCCAGUGACAGCCAGGCCAAGUACAGGGGCUUCCGAUCUGUUGACAUGGUCUCUGACAAGCGCAACGGCAACCUGGCCUCGCCCCUCAACUCCUACCUGCUGAGGGAGAAUGAAACUAUCGCCAGACUGCAGGCGCUGGUCAAGAGGACGGGUGUCAGCCUGGAGAAGCUGGAGGUGAGGGAGGAUGCCAGCAGCAAUAAGGACAUGCGUGCUCAGUGUGACGAGGAAGAUCUAAAAAUGCACCAGCUCAACAUCCACGUCCGCGAAGUCUUUGCCAACCGUUUCACCCAGAUGUUCGCAGACUACGAAGUGUUCGUCAUUCAGCCUAGCCAGGACAAAGAGUCCUGGUUCACCAAUCGAGACCAGAUGCAGAACUUUGACAAGGCCUCCUUCCUGUCCGACCAGCCAGAGCCCUACCUGCCCUUCCUGUCACGUUUCUUGGAGACGCAGAUGUUUGCGUCCUUCAUCGAUAGUAAGAUCCUCUGUCAUGAUGAUGAGGAGAAGGAGCACACGCUGAGGGUGUUUGACGCCCGUGUGGAUAAGAUUCGCAUGCUGAAUGUCCGCACGCCCACACUGCGUACCUCCAUGUACCAGAAAUGCACAACUAUUGAGGAAGCAGACAACCUGCUUAAAAAGCGUUAUGAAAAAGCUGAUUUUGUCGUCCCUGGACCUCAUGCCAUUGGGCUCGAGAACGACAAGACUCACCCUCAGAAAUACAUCGAGAUGAGAGUUGCGAAGAUCGACCACACCGCCCUCCACCCACACCUGCUGGACAUGAAGAUCGGUCAGGGACGCUACGAACAGGGCUUCUUCCCCCGACUGCAGUCUGAUGUGCUCUCCACUGGGCCCACCAGCAACAAAUGGACCAAGAGGAGUGCUCCCGCCCAGUGGAGGAGGAGGGAUCGACAGAAGCAGCACGCUGAGCACCUUUAUUUAGACAACGACCAGAGAGAGCAUGUAGAGUGUUUGUUUCCGGAGCUGCAGCUCCUGCUGUUUCUUGACUACUACUGGCUCUCGCAGUCCUUCAAGCCCUGUCUAAAGUCGGUGACUGUGGACGUGAAAUACAUCCAGGAAGCGAGGAACUUGGGCACAACCAUCAGACAGCCCAAACUGUCCAACCUGUCUCCGUCUGUCAUCGCUCAGACUAACUGGAAAUUUGUUGAAGGGCUGCUGAAGGAGUGUAGGAACAAGACCAAGCGUAUGCUCGUGGAGAAGAUGGGUCGGGAGGCGGUGGAGUUGGGCCACGGAGAGGUCAGCAUCACCGGUGUCGAGGAGAACACUCUGAUCGCGAGCCUCUGUGACCUGCUGGAGAGGAUCUGGAGCCACGGGCUGCAGGUCAAACAGGGUAAAUCUGCCUUGUGGUCCCAUCUGCUGCACUAUCAGGAGAGCAAGGAGAAGAAAAAUGCAACUCCAGCUGGUUUGGGACCUCCAGGUUUCAUACAUGACACAGAGAGACGUAAAUCUGAUGGUGGUGGAUCAGCCAUGCCUCCUCUCAAAGUCUCCCUGAUCCAGGACAUGAGACACAUUCAGAACAUCAGUGAGAUCAAGACAGAUGUGGGCAAGGCCAGAGCCUGGGUUCGCCUCUCCAUGGAGAAGAAGCUGCUCUCCAGACACCUAAAGCAGCUGCUGUCAGAGCACGAGCUUACAAAAAAACUGUACAAGCGAUACGCCUUCCUCCGCUGUGAUGAUGAGAAGGAGCAGUUCCUCUACCACCUUCUGUCCUUUAACGCUGUGGAUUACUUCUGUUUCACCAACGUCUUUACGACCAUCAUGAUUCCCUACCACGUGGUGGUUGUUCCCAGUAAGAAGCUGGGUGGCUCCAUGUUCACAGCCAACCCUUGGGUGUGUGUUUCUGGUGAGCUGGCAGAGACUGGAGUCCUGCAGGUCCCCAGAAAUACUCUGGAGAUCACUUUUGAGUGCCAGAACCUUGGCAAGCUGACCACAGUGCAGAUGGGUCACGACAACACGGGGCUCUACGCAAAGUGGCUUGUGGAGUGUGUCGUGGUGCGCAACGAGAUCACGGGGCACACUUACAAGUUUCCGUGUGGCAGGUGGUUGGGGAAAGGCGUGGAUGACGGCAGUCUGGAGAGGAUCCUGGUGGGAGAGCUGAUGACCCCCAGCACUGAGAACGAUGAAAGGAUGUGCCGCACACCCCCAAUGCAGCAGUCGCCUGGGAUGAUGAGGAGGUUUGUUACCAUCUCGCCAAACAGCAAACCAAAGCUAAACACAGGUCAGAUCCAGGAGGGAGUGGGAGAGGCCAUCAAUGGGAUUGUGAAGCACUUCCACAAACCGGAGAAGGAGAGAGGCAGUCUGACUCUUCUCCUCUGCGGGGAGUACGGCCUUGUCUGGGCUCUGGAGCAAGUUUUCCAGCACGGUUUCAAAUCACCCCGACUCUUUAAGAAUGUUUUCAUCUGGGACUUCUUGGAAAAGUCACAAGUGUACUUUGAAAGUGCAGAGCAGCGGGAGGUGACUCCAGAUGAAAACUGGCAAACCAGAGUGCGCCACUUCUGCCGCUUCAUGCGCGCCAUCAACAACACGUCCAGAAACAUCGGCAAGGACGGGAAGUUCCAAAUGCUCGUCUGUCUGGGUGCAAGAGACCAUUUGCUUCAUCACUGGAUCGCUCUGCUCGCAGACUGUCCAAUCACUGCUCAGAUGUACGAAGACACCGCACUGAUGAAGGACCGCUCGUUGGUUAACUCACUGAUCAGAGUGCUACAGACUCUGCAGGAGUUCAACAUCACCCUGGAGGCUUCGCUCGUCAAAGGCGUUGGUAUCUGAAACCAAACCAACCUCCCACCAGUUGUACCCGACCAGGACGAUCACUGGGGACCACUAAAAAGAAUAACUGAACCUUUUAUAUGCAGGAAACCGACUUGAACAAAGGACAUUCUCUGGCUUAUAUUAAAGCUACUGUUACAAUUGCCAUAUAUGAAGUGCAAUGAGCCUUUCAAGAUAUGUUGUUAUUUUUAUCCUCGAUGAUGUUGCCAUUAGAUGUUAAAAAUAUGUUUUCUAUUAUGAACCAUAAUUUUCACAUUAUCGAUGAUGACCUACUUGUGCUAUAAUGUUUUAUUGAAAGCUAAAUAUUUUCAUUGUUAUCGUGAACUGCUGACAAUGGCUAUAUUUAAUGGAAAGGGAGGAUCAAAACUGUUAAUAUAUUUUCAGAGAAAAACAGUAUUAUUUUGUUAAAUCAGUCAAGUUGCUUGCUCUGUUGUCAACUCAGAUUCCAAUGUCAUUACGCAGAGCUUAAAGCAAAUGAUGCAGAAGUAUGCUUUAUAAGUAUGUGUAUGACAGGGGGUUUGUAGUGUGAAAUAUGAUUCACCUACAUGGAAAUAACGGCUGUUACAUUUGGGCCUGUCCCGGAGAAAUGUACUAGUAUGCAGAUCUUUUCCAUGGAAUACCUUCAGCAGAGAAAACGAUCCUUCUUGCAUGAUAAUAAGACUGUGUGGCUCAACGCUGUAUCCAGUGAUGGACGUUAUAUUCAGCUGGAUAAAGGAAAAUACCCCGAGUCUUUGCUUGUGUUCCACACACAAGUCCAACAAGAGAUGCUUGACCCAGCUUUCCGUGCACAGUAGAUCACAAAGACAGCCUUCGUGUAAAUACCUCCAGCCAGCCCUUUCCCCAACCAUCAUCCCAGCCCUGACACUACAUCUGCCCUCUUCUCUGAACAGUGUGAUGAUCCGUGUAGACUCCUCGUGAUAAGGGAUGAUCUCCUGCUUCCCAUGUGAGGAGCCAAAAGGACAGCUCCUUCCCACUCCUGAUUUUGUCAUCAUUGUUUCUUGCUAUGCAAUAUCCACAAACAGAAAAUUCAACCCCCCCUACAGACUCCAUACCGGGGUGUCUUGAGGUGUUACCGGGCCCUCCUCCGUUACAUACUUUGAACUGUACUGUGCAGAACAAGAGAUUUAAUAUGUGAAGGACUUCUUUUCUGUGCCAACAACGUCUGGAAUGACUGUGUUGUACUCGUCUGUGUACGACCCACACAUGAGCAUCUUGGGAAAUUUAUAUUUUUGUUUUCCAAUACUGUUGUACAUUUAUUGACAUAGCUGUGUAAUGUAGUGUUUGCUAAGUGAGCAACAGUGUACAGUGUAAAAAUAUAUUAAGAAUAAAGCAUCUGUAAUGCGUUAAACUUAUAUUUAA